ACUGACGUGACAAAAAUAUCGCAUUGGGACGCUUUUUAUCGUCACUCGUGUUGUUUUCCAACGUUUUAUUUAACAUCUUUAUUCUGCUUUAGAUAAUCUACAAGAAGCAGCAUGCCAAAAGUUCGCCGCAGCCGUAAGUCACCUCCAGAGGGCUGGGAGCUUAUCGAGCCAACGCUAGAAGAGUUGGAACAGAAGAUGCGCGAAGCCGAAACCGAGCCUCACGAAGGGAAGCGUAAGCAAGAAUCACUCUGGCCCAUAUUCAAGAUACAUCACCAGAAAUCUCGCUACAUCUACGACCUGUUCUACCGACGAAAGGCAAUCAGCCGCGAGCUGUAUCAGUACUGCCUUGACGAGAAAAUUGCUGACGCUAACCUGAUUGCCAAGUGGAAGAAGACAGGUUAUGAGAAUCUGUGCUGUUUGAGAUGUAUACAGACUCGUGACACGAAUUUUGCGACAAAUUGUAUUUGCAGAGUACCUAAGAGUAAGUUGGAAGAAGGCCGUAUUGUGGAGUGUGUGCACUGCGGCUGCAGAGGCUGCUCCGGGUAGUACUGUAUAAAUAUUUUGUAAGAUUCUCAGGCUCUACAAACUUUGGAAAAUAAGCAUUGUCCUUUUACUGAUAUAUUUUAUUAUGCAUCACAAGAUAAGUAUCCAUUAUUUUGUAGAUUAUAGAUGCAAGGAUACUUCUGAAUGAUUAGGGUUUUCAGUGUUUAACACAUUCAGUGCCAAAAACCCAACUAUCUGGUAUUUUAUGAUUUCGUUCCCAGGCCAGACGACCCGAAAGUCGGGAUCGUGGACUACUGCUUUAUAUCGACGGCGAAGUACCAUGAACUCCUAACUAACAUUUUUAGUAAUAAUAAUUUUCAUUCAUUUGGUAAAAAUAGUUAACCUGGUACUUUGCUGUUGAUAUGACGAAAAUGUUGUGGCCUGGCACGGAUGUCUUGUUUGGCUGGGUGGCAAUGAAUGUGUUAAAGUACACAUUUAGAUGCCAUUUUCAAAGUUUGUGGUGGGCCAAUUUUAAGUUAUGUUUUAGAUAAUAAAAUUUACAUCUUGAAACUUGAAACACACCUUGUUCAUGUAAUUAAAAAUGUACUUACAAAAAAUCUGUAACAGUUGCACAUGCAAUAUUGACUUAUCCAGACCCAUUGUAACUGAUAGUAGCAAUGUUAAUAAAUAACAUACAUUUUAAUCCAGCCUCAA